AUGAAUUUCCCCAAGCACCUCUCCUGGCUUCUCCUGCUGAGUUUUGGGACCUCUCUCCCUGCCGAUAACCUCCAAGCCCCGAAACACCCUGGAGAAGAAUUCCAAGGGCUCCCAAAUGAACCUGGCUUUGGGGAGGCCGGAGGUGUGAAGUGGCGGCGUUCGCCCGUCGAUCUGAACCCCCUUUUUAGCAUCGCCAAAGAACUUCAGAGCUUCGGGAAAGAGAAAGCGGGGAUCCGAUUCCGAUUUGGGAGGCAGGACGCAGACAAGAACCUCAACGCCAUCACAGAUCUGCUGGAGGAAGACGGCGAGAAAGAAGCCAAGAGUUUGGAGACCCUCACAGAACAAUGGAACGGCUACUACAACGGGAAGAAAAGCGGGUUUAGCAGCUGGUUUGGGAGGCGGAAACGAGAAGCGUUUUGUGUCAAAGGUAGCUUUCCUGGAGCUCCAAAGCUGACAGGAUCCAUUUGA